AGCAGCAUGGCGGCGGCCGUGGGGCAGCCCCGGGGCUGAGCGGCGGCGAGUGUAGCGCGCUUCUGAGCGGGGUGGGAUCAUCGGUGGGACCAGAGCGCGGGCGGGCGCGGCCCCCGGGGACCAUGGCCGGGUCCGACACCACGCCCUUCCUCAGCCAGGCGGAUGACACGGGCGAUGGGCCCGUGCCCGGCACCCCGGGGUUCCUGGGAGCCCCGAAGGCCGGGGAGCCUGAGGUCCCGGACCGGCAGAGACUGCAGCGCAUCACGGGCUUGUCUCCGGGCCGCUCGGCUCUCGUAGUGGCCGUGCUGUGCUAUAUUAAUCUCCUCAACUACAUGGAUCGCUUCACCGUGGCGGGCGUCCUUCCAGACAUUGAGCAGUUCUUCGACAUCGGAGACAGUAGCUCCGGCCUCAUCCAGACGGUGUUCGUCUCCAGUUACAUGGUGUUGGCACCUGUGUUUGGCUACCUGGGUGACAGGUACAAUCGGAAGUACCUCAUGUGUGGGGGCAUUGCCUUCUGGUCCUUGGUGACACUGGGCUCAUCCUUCAUCCCCAGAGAGCACUUCUGGUUGCUGCUCCUGACACGAGGCCUGGUGGGGGUCGGAGAGGCCAGCUACUCCACCAUCGCGCCCACGCUCAUUGCAGACCUCUUUGUGGCCGACCAGCGGAGCCGCAUGCUCAGUGUGUUCUACUUCGCCAUCCCCGUGGGCAGUGGGCUGGGCUACAUUGCAGGCUCCAAGGUGAAGGAUGUGGCCGGGGACUGGCACUGGGCUCUGAGGGUGACACCGGGCCUCGGCGUGGUCGCCGUCCUGCUGCUGUUCCUGGUGGUCCGGGAGCCGCCUCGGGGGGCCGUGGAGCGCCACUCGGACUCGCCACCCCUGAGCCCCACCUCGUGGUGGGCGGACCUGAAGGCUCUGGCCAGAAACCCCAGUUUCGUCCUGUCGUCCCUGGGCUUCACGGCCGUAGCUUUCGUCACGGGCUCCCUGGCUCUCUGGGCUCCUGCCUUCCUGCUUCGCUCCCGUGUGGUCCUGGGGGAGACCCCUCCCUGCCUCCCCGGAGAGUCUUGCUCCUCCUCUGACAGCCUCAUCUUUGGGCUCAUCACCUGCCUGACUGGUGUCCUGGGCGUGGGCCUGGGUGUGGAGAUCAGCCGCCACCUCCGCCGCUCCAACCCCCGGGCUGACCCUCUGGUCUGCGCUGCGGGGCUCCUGGGCUCUGCCCCCUUUCUCUUCCUGUCCCUCGCUUGUGCGCGUGGUAGCAUCGUGGCCACCUACAUUUUCAUCUUUGUCGGGGAGACGCUGCUGUCCAUGAACUGGGCCAUCGUAGCUGACAUUCUGCUGUACGUGGUCAUCCCCACACGGCGGUCCACUGCAGAGGCCUUCCAGAUCGUGCUGUCCCACCUGCUGGGCGACGCUGGGAGCCCCUACCUCAUCGGCCUGAUCUCCGACCGUCUCCGCCGGAGCUGGCCCCCAUCCUUCCUGUCCGAGUUCCGGGCUCUGCAGUUCUCGCUCAUGCUCUGCGCCUUCGUUGGGGCGCUGGGCGGGGCAGCCUUCCUGGGCACUGCCGUUUUCAUUGAGGGCGACCGCCGGCGUGCCCAGCUACACGUGCAGGGUGUGCUACGAGAGGCAGGGCCUGCUGAUGACCGGAUCGUAGUGCCGCAGCGUGGCCGCUCCACCCGGGUCCCCGUGUCCAGCGUGCUCAUCUGAUGGACGUUGCUGGCUCACCCACUGCACGCCUGCUGGCACCUACCCAGCCCACCCUGGAAGGAGCCUGGGCCCAAGCCUCGGCCUGGCCUGGCCUGGCCCAGCUCCUGGGAUGAACGACCCAGGACUGUGUCCCAGCUUCUGGCUUCCAUACACUACACGGGCAUGCAGCCCCGGGGCCUGGGGGACAGUGGGGGCCUGGGGGACCCCUCCAUGGGAGCAGCCCCAGGGGCUCGGUGCUAUUUGUUUCUCAAUAAAAUGUAUAGCCAGA